CAGCGCUCUGCUAGUUGUGAAGCAGUUGAAAUCAACUUCCUUCUCACUAUCCAAUUUCCAGACCUAUUCGUUCGCAUGGAGAAGACGACGCAGAGCAGUAGACGAAAGCAGCAGAAAAGCUCGGCUCGAGCAAAGGUAUUUGGCGCCAAGGCGCUGCAGCUAAGCGAGGACGAUGCCUCGCGCAUAGUCGGCGGAAUAGUGGAGAAAGGUAUUUCAGACUCGCACCAGAACGAGCCCUUCGUCUCACUUGCCCCUCCCAAACCUUCUGUUCUGCCAUUUCCUGUCGCUCGGCAUCGGUCUCAUGGCCCACAUUGGGUAUCAGUAACUAGCAAAAAGGGUGGUGAUAACAUUAAACAUGAUCGGCAGGAGAAUGGUGAAGAUGAUGAAAGUUUGAUCGAGAUUGAGUCUAUAGCAAAUUUUGCUAACCCAAUACAAAGGAAAAAUAAAAAUAGCUUAGACUUUGGCAGGUGGAGAGAGGUUGUCCGAGGCCACAACCAUGAUGCAGCGAAUAAAGAGGAAAAGAAAGUUGCAGGGUUAGCAAAAAAUGAAAACCUAAAUCGUGCUGGGGAAGCAAUUAACACUGUUGAUGAUACCAUGAUGUCAUGCAAGCCCUUAUCAGCUGAUGUGCUUGCACCUAUUCUUAUGAAUGAUGAACAUAAUUCAUCUGGUUUUGUAAAUGAUCCCACUGGAAUGAGGACAAAGGAUUCUGGUUCUGAUUUCGUGAGUUCAACAAAUAAUGCAGAAAUAAAAGGGCUGGAUCAACUAUGUCUUUGGAAGGACUUUCAAGAUGUUGAUGAUAGAUCAGGACAUGUUUCAGAGAGUGUUGAAAUUAAUGAGGGAAUGCCAGUUGACGGUACUUCAUUGCCAGAUAUGGCUAUGGGGCUGCACCAUUCAAAUCCAGAAAUGGUUCCUUGUUUUGGGUCCAAUAUCAAGGGAGAAGAUGCAUUCUCGACACUGGAGAGCCAGAUCAAUGCAGAGAACCGUGCACGGAUACAAAGAAUGUCACCUGAAGAGAUUGCCGAAGCACAGACUGAGAUAAAGGAGAAGAUGAGUCCUGCACUAGUGAAAGCUCUGAAAAGGAGAGGUGAGGAAAAGUUGAAGAAGGGAUCUUCAAAGCCUGACGUCAGCAAGAAUUCUGAGUUGGAUAAUCUACAAAAAGAGGGUACAUUUAAUAGAUAUGAUUCUCUCUGUGUAGAGAAUGGCGUAACUUCAGCAAAUUCAACCGUAAAGGACACAAAGAGUGGGCUUCAGAAUGUUUCAGUGCAGAAAUUUGACUUGGGUAGUAGCACAUGGAGUGCUUGGAACGAAAGGGUUGAAGCAGUAAGGUUGUUAAGGUUUUCCCUGGAAGGAAAUAUAGUUGAAAGCUGUUCUUUCCAGCAAUCAGAGAAUGGUGAUCUUGCAGUCCAUGGGUACAGCACUGAAAAUGUUACUUCACGAGAUUUUCUUCGAACUGAUGGGGAUCCUAGUGCUGCAGGUUACACGAUUAAAGAAGCUGUGGCACUGACAAGGAGUGUGAUACCAGGUCAACGUGUCCUUGGGUUGCAUGUUAUUUCAAACGUGCUUGACAAGGCAUUGCUUAAUACACACCAAAAACCAGUUGGGUCCGCAAUGGUUAAAGAUGGUAUCUCUAUUGAUUACAAUGCAAUUUGGGCUUAUACCCUUGGCCCUGAACCAGAGCUUGCUUUGUCACUUAGGAUAUGCUUGGAUGAUAAUCAUAGCUCUGUCGUUCUAGCUUGUGCUGAAGUUAUUCAGUGUAUAUUGGGCUGUAAUUUGAACGAAAUCUUCUUUGAUACCUUACAGAAAACAUCAACUUAUGAGAUGGAUCUCUACACUGCUCCUAUAUUCCGAAGUAAACCAGAGAUCAAUGUUGGUUUCCUCCAAGGUGGAUUUUGGAAGUACAAUGCUAAACCUUCUAAUAUUCUUCCUUUCAGUGAAGAUGUUGGGAAUGUUGAAGAUGGAGAGAAAUAUACAAUCCAGGAUGAUAUUGUGGUUGCACAACAAGAUAUUCUGGCAGGUUUGGUUCGAAUGGGAAUCCUUCACAGGCUUCGCUAUCUUCUGGAGGCGGGCCCUUCAGUAGCUUUAGAAGAAUGCAUACUUUCGAUACUUAUUGCAAUAGCAAGGCAUUCCCCAACGUGCGCACAAGCAAUAAUGAAAUGUGAAAGGCUUGUUGGGUUGAUUAUCAACAGGUUUACAAUGAGCGACAAAAUUGAUAUCCUUUCCUUUAAAAUAAAAUCUGUUGUCCUUUUGAAGGUCUUAGCUUGUUCAGACAGGAAUAAUUGUGUUGCAUUUGUAAAAACUGGAGCUUUUCCAACUAUGAUAUGGCAUUUGUUUCACUAUAUUACCUCCAUUGACCAUUGGGUCAAGUCAGGGAAGGAAAAAUGUAAACUUUCAUCAGCUUUGAUGGUUGAACAAUUGAGGCUGUGGAAGGUUUGCAUUCAGGAUGGAUACUGUGUAUCUUACUUUUCUGAUGUUUUCCCUGCCUUGUGCUUAUGGUUGAGCCCACCAAAUUUUGACAAACUUGUUGAGAAUAAUGUCCUUCGUGAAUUUGCAACCAUUUGUACGGAGGUAUACCAUGUUCUGGAGGCUUUGGCUAGAAGACUUCCUAACUAUUUUUCACAGAAACAUUUAGACAGUCAAGAGCUAGGACUUGCUGGUAAUGAAUCUGAAAUUUGGUCCUGGAGUUGUGCUGUUCCGAUGGUUAAUUUAGCUGUGAAAUGGUUAGAGUCAAAGAGUGAUCCAUUCAUAUCCAAAUUAUUUGCGUCACAAAAAGAGAUUAGGAGUGGCUUUGAGUUUGAAGGUAUAUCGUUGGCACCAUUGUUGUGGGUUUAUUCAGCUGUCAUGAAGAUGCUAUCUCAAGUGUUUGAAAGGAUUGUCCCGCAGGAUAUUAUGUCCCUGGAAGGAAGUGGUCAGAUUGUGCCUUCACUACCAGAGUUUAUACCACGAGUUGGACUUGAGAUAAUUAGGAAUGGCUUUUUGAGCUUUCCAGGUGCAUAUGAUAAGAAACCCGAAACCUAUCCCUUUGUAGGUAACUCUUUUGUAGAGGAUCUUUGUUUUUUGAGAGAACAUGGUGAAUUUGAAACGUCUCUGGCUUCUGUAUGUUGCCUUCAUGGGUUGAUGCUUAGUAUUAUGAAUAUUGAUCGUCUGAUCCACUUAGCCAAAACCGAGAGGCAUGGUUUUCCUUUCAGAGAUUACAACGGCUCAAGGGAAGGGGAAAUUUUAAUGGUUGGGAUGUUUAAGGCAUCCCUCAUCGAACAGAGAAGCGUGCUUAACCUUUUUACAAAGGUAAUUGCUUUGGAGUCUGACUCUCUGCAGUUAAUAGAGACCUUUGGCAGAGGCGGCCCUGCACCUGGGGUGGGAACUGGCUGGGGCGUGUCUGGAGGUGGAUAUUGGUCUCCUGCUGUUUUAUUAGCUCAAAAUGAUGCAGCAUUUGUCAUGUUCCUAAUUCAAGCAUUUCAGACCGUUCCAACUUUAAAUAUACUGACUGCUCAGGAAUCCUUGACCAUUCAAAGCAUAAAUUCUGCCUUGGCAAUAUGCUUGGUUCUUGGGCCAAGAGAUACGUGUUUGGUCGAGAAAACAAUGGAAUUUUUGAUCCAGGCUCCUAUUUUGCAUCAUUUCAAUUUCUAUAUUCAGAGUUUUAUCCAACUCAAUGGAAGAGUGAAGCAAUUUGGGUGGAAGUAUAGUGAAGACGACUGUUUGAUCCUUUGUAAAACAUUAAGUUCUCACUAUAAGGAUAGGUGGUUAUCGCCAAAGGAAUCCAAAUCCACAAAGAAUAAGAGCAACUUUAGUGACAAAAUAUUUAAGAAAAGCAGUAAUUCUUUGGAUACAAUAUAUGAGGAGGAAUCAGAUGAGACAAAUAGGAUAGCGCAAGAUUGUACUUGUUUGGUAGUUCAGUGGGCUUACCAAAGACUUCCACUUCCAAAGCAUUGGUUUUUAAGUCCAGUCUCAACUAUCUGUGAUAGUAAGUAUGUUGGUCUUCAAAAAUCUUCUGAUGCGCAAAAGAUUGUGCAGGACUCUAGUGAUGUGCUUGAGGUUGCUAAGAGUGGACUCUUCUUUAUUUUAGGAGUUGAAGCAUUUUCCACCUUCCUACCUGAUUAUUUCCCUUCACCUGUCCAGAGUGUGCCAUUGAUUUGGAAAUUGCACUCUUUAUCUGUUGUUUUACUCGCAGGCAUGGGAGUUUUGGAUGAUGAGAAGAGUAGGGAUGUUUAUGAGGUUUUGCAAGACCUGUAUGGUCAGUGUCUUAACAAAGCUAGGUAUAGUAGACUCUCUGAACGAAUCCAGGAGAAGAAUGCAACAGAUUUACCGUCACAACCAGAAAAUAAGAGCAAUUUAGAGUUCCUGAUGUUUCAAUCAGAGAUUCAUGACAGUUACUCAACAUUUAUUGAGACUCUAGUGGAGCAGUUUGCUGCCGAAUCCUAUGGAGAUAUACUAUAUGGACGGCAAAUUGUACUAUAUCUUCACCGAUGUGUUGAAGCUCCUGUGCGGAUUGCUGCCUGGAAUGCACUAAAUAAUGCCCGUGUUCUCGAACUUCUUCCACCUCUUGAGAAGUGCUUUGUUGAUGCUGAAGGGUGUCUGGAACCUAUUGAGGAUAAUGAAGCCAUUCUGGAAGCCUAUGUGAAGUCAUGGGUUUCAGGUGCCCUUGACAGAUCUGCAAGCCGAGGUUCAGUGGCCUAUUUACUAGUUCUCCACCACCUCUCAUCCUACAUAUUCCACUCUAACCAUGUCGCCAACUUGUUGCUGCGUAACAAGCUCUCAAGGUCUCUUUUGCGAGACUACUCUCAAAAACAUCAGCGCAAGGAAAUGAUGUCAGAUCUUAUCUUAUAUACUGCACCAGCGACGUAUCGUGUAGCCGGACAGAAGGGUGUUUGUUCGUCGAUCAAAAUGAGCACUGUGGAGAAAAGGCUCGAGGUGUUGAAGGAAGCUUGUGAGAGGAACUCCUAUCUUUUGACAGUGGUUGAAGAGCUCGGGUCCGCUGCAAAACACAAACUGUCCGCAAUGUGCAGUCAGUUAGCCUAAAAAGCUGGCAAAAUAUAUGAUGCGUAGAGAAGAGAAGAUUGGAGAUGGAAGUUCUUGGUAAUGAGGAUUGAAGGGGGUGAUGUGUUCCCUGUUCUCAAACUUCAACCAUGGGUUGGGCAGCCGUAUAGAUCCUUGAAUGGGAAAGUUUCUGACAUUUGUACAUGAAUUGUGUAAAUUAAACUGAAAUGCAACAAAAACGAUGGUCCUAACUUGAUUUUGACAUGAAAGUUUGUUUGAUAAGAAACAUGUAACUCAGUGAAAUGCAUAUAACUAAUCUAGUCUGAUUGAAUAUUAA